AUGGCUUCGGGCACAUUCGGGUCGUACCCCGUCCUCUUCGGCACUGGCCUCGCAUGCGGCCUGCUAAGUCUCGGCCACACGGCCAAAGGCCUCGAGCAGUUUAAGCAUCCAUCCACGAACCAGCUCCCUCCUCAACUCCGUGGCGCCUCCAAGAUUGGCUGGUACGAGGGCAGCGUUUGGUUUUUGAUUGCGGGCGUUAUGAACUACAAAUGGAGUCAAACGGGCCUGGUGGACCUUGCCGACAAGACUGCUGCCAGCCUGUUGAUCACCUUGCUCUUUGGAGCUGGUGCAAGCUAUUGGCGCGUGAAUGACAAACCCUCUGCUGGAAUUCUGCUCGCGGUGGGUGUAUUGCAAGCUAUUGGUGCAAAGCAAGCUUCGUAA